CUUGUAGGGAUCCGCGAACCGCAGUUUCAAUAUCUUUGACCAUGACUAUGACUAUGACUAUAUAUAUGAAAGUAUCGUUUUAGGGUUUGUGUGUGCCUCGUCUCGUCUCUUCUCAGCUCAGGAAAUAACACGACACUCAAGAUCGCCAUUCGCCGCCAUGGGGAGGAGACCUGCAAGGUGUUAUCGUCAAAUCAAAAACAAACCCUACCCGAAAUCACGAUAUUGUCGUGGUGUCCCCGAUCCCAAGAUCAGAAUAUAUGAUGUUGGAAUGAAGAAGAAAGGUGUUGAUGAGUUUCCGUUUUGUGUCCAUCUUGUGAGCUGGGAAAAGGAAAAUGUUACAAGUGAGGCAUUGGAAGCAGCUAGAAUUGCCUGCAACAAGUACAUGGCCAAAUUUGCUGGUAAGGAUGCAUUCCAUUUGAGAGUGAGGGUGCACCCAUUCCAUGUUUUGCGGAUCAACAAGAUGCUCUCAUGUGCUGGGGCUGAUAGGCUCCAGACUGGGAUGAGGGGUGCUUUUGGCAAGCCACAAGGGGUAUGUGCAAGAGUAAGCAUUGGUCAGGUCCUCCUUUCUGUGCGCUGUAAGGACAGCAACAGCCAGCAUGCCCAGGAAGCUCUCCGCCGAGCGAAAUUCAAGUUUCCUGGUCGUCAAAAGAUUAUUGUUAGCAGGAAGUGGGGAUUUACCAAAUUCAGCCGUGCUGACUAUCUGAAGUACAAGGCAGAGAACAAGAUUUCCCCAGAUGGUGUCAAUGCUAAGCUUCUUGGAUGUCAUGGAUCUUUGGCAUUGCGUAAACCAGGAAGAGCUUUUCUGCCUGAAACUGCUUAAGACAAUUUGUCGCCUGAGAAGACAACUUCUAUUUUUGAAUUUUAUGCUGAACAAUUUAUUGUGUUUUGUUACUCUAUCAAACUUUUGUCAAGCGACUCUGUUAUCUUGUGUUCUCCGUCUGUGGAAGUUCACAAACAUUAUCUCUCUCUCUCUCUCCCCCAAAAACACCAUGGUAACCUAGUUAUUUAUUUUGCAGUUUAAUA